UCUCAGCUGCAGCUGCUAACAGACACAACAUGACCAGCUACGCUCCCAUCUACAACCCAAGCGUUCCCUUCCAGAGCGCAAUACUUGGGGGAAUUAGUGAUGGCAAAAAAGUGACAGUCCAAGGGCAGUUGAAGAAUAAUGCGAAAACGUUUGCAGUAAAUUUUAUCUGCUACAACAAUGACAUCGCUUUCCACUUUAACCCCCGGCCUAAUGAGGGUAAUGUCAUCGUGUGCAAUACUCAGCAGUACAAAUCCUGGGGUGCAGAAGAAAGGACGAGUCUCAUGCCUUUCCAGAGAAACUCUUUCUUUGACAUAAAUAUCACUGUGCUUGGUCAUGCCUUCCAGGUAACUGUCAAUGGCCAAUAUAUACUGGAAUACAGGCACCGUAUCCCUUAUCAGAAUAUUCAGAACCUCCAAGUUACUGGGGAUGUGGCUCUCUCUUGUAUCACGUUCUCAGAAUCAUUGGGUCAGACAUUACCGCCUCCUCCAGCCUAUAGCAUCACCCCGAAUUAUGUACACAAUGUAUCUUCACCUCCUGCAUAUUCCUAUGCAGCACCAAUGGUUAAAAGUACAGUUGUGCAGCAGGUGUGUGCAGCCCCAAGGGUUCAUCAAGCCUCUGGAAAAAAGACAAAUAGUGGACCAGUAUCUAUACACAAUCCAGUGAUGCCGUUUCAAGCUGUUAUGCCAGGAAAUCCCAUUAGGAACCGAAGUAUUAUAAUUACUGGGAAUGUGGCUUAUGGAGCUGUCAGAUUCCAUGUUAACCUUCUGAACAGCAGAACUCGGAGCAUCAUGCUUCAAAUUAAUCCAAGAUUCAAUGAGGGGGCAUUAGUAAGAAAUACCCAGGACAGGGGUACUUGGGGACCAGAAGAAAGACAUGUGCCAUACAUGCCAUUUUCCCAAGGACAAUCUUUUCAGAUGGAGAUCAAAAACGAGGGGGGCUUCUUUUCUGUCUUUGUAAAUGGGGCAAAAAUAUUUACUUAUGUCCAUCGUCUACCUGCUAAUCAGAUUGACAUGAUCGAAGUGGCUGGAGACGUGACUUUAACAUAUGUUCAGUAUUGACCUUGUAUAAUAUGUGUGACCUGAAGUCAAGAAGUCUCUCUGGGUUAGAAACUAUUGAAGAAUGUCUUCUACAUCCUCAUGGUACCUUGUAAAAGAAAAUUGCAUUCGGCUCUUCAAAAUUAUUGAAUAAAAUCUAAAUUGAUCAAAUCUAAAAACCAGAGCGCUGUCCCAUCAUGCAGGUUAUGAGACAUCAGAUCAAGCAACUCCCUAUUUCCUAAAUUCUGAAAAGCCACAGGUUCUAUAUGUUUCCAGAUUCUUAAUGAUUUAAUGAUGUCAAAUAACACUUGAUGUAGAUAUCACUACUGAGCUCAUAGAAUUUAAAUAAUAAUCUCUCUGUUUAACUUGGUAAAAAUUUUCAGCUACAGGUUUUAGAUUAGAUAGUAUGUCACAACAUAUUGUUUGAAAGAUACAAGGUUUAGGUUUAACUGGUUUUCAGAUCCCUAAACAGGUUUCUAAGGGGAAGUAAAGAAGGAUAUGAAACCAGGUCAGGAACCACUAAUAUAAACCUAAACAUGCCCCAACUAUAUAUAAAACUAUAUUUUGUUCAUGGUGUGCAAACAUUUAAACCUAGUGUAAAGAUCAAUGUUUGACUUGGCAUCAUCAUAUCAAUGUGUACAAAGGGUGAGAGUAUGAACUAUACUUAGCUUCUUACGCAGUAGAGUUAGGUAGAACAAUGCUCUUCAAACUUAUUUCUCAUGACUAAGUGUGAUACCAUCAUACACCCUCAUGGCCAGAAUCCAAUUUAGAUGUCUAGUGGCGUAUAAAAUAUAUGAACAAGUAGGUUAAUGUAAGAUUUUAACUUAUUAGACAAACCGUACUAUAUUAAUCUAAGAAGAUAAUAUACAAAUAACAUAUAACCUCCAAUCAGAUGCAAUUUCUUUAUGACAAUACAUACCCAAGACAUUUGAACAUUGGAAUAGUAAAACAUGUUCCCCUUGACAUUUGAUUUCUUUGAUAAUAGUUUCUACAACUAAAUUAUUGUUAUAUUUUCCUAGUUUUCAAAGGGGGAAUAUUAUAUAAAAAAUACAAGCUUUAAAUCACUAGUGCAUUACUGAUCCAGGCUUACUAUUUAUUAAAUCAGUGUGACUGGUUUAUCACAUAGAUGAAAUCCAGCUCAGAAGCUGCAAGCAUCACAGCUCUCAAGCAAAACAUGGCUAUUACCAAUCAGGAGAGGAAGUGAGGGUUUAUCAAUAGAUGAAGUCCAGCUCAGAAGCUGCAAGCAUCACAGCUCUCAAGCAGAACAUGGCCAUUACCAAUCAGUAGAGGAAGUGAGGGUUUAUCACAUAGAUGAAGUCCAUCUCAGAAGCUGCAAGCAUCACAGCUCUCAAGCAGAACAUGGCCAUUACCAAUCAGUAGAGGAAGUGAGGGUUUAUCAAAUAGAUGAAGUCCAGCUUAGAAGCUGCAAGCAUCACAGCUCUCAAGCAGAACAUGGCCAUUACCAAUCAGUAGAGGAAGUGAGGGUUUAUCACAAAGAUGAAUUCCAGUUCAGAAGCUGCAAGCAUCACAGCUCUCAAGCAGAACAUGGCCAUGAGCCAAUCAGGAGAGGAAGUGAGGGUUUAUCACAUAGAUGAAGUCCAGCUCAGAAGCUGCAAGCAUCACAGUUCUCAAGCAGAACAUGGCCAUUACCAAUCAGUAGAGGAAGUGAGGGUUAAUCACACAGGUUAAGUCUUGCUCAGACGCUAUAAACAUCACAGCUAGCUCUCAACCAGAACAUGGCCAUGAGCCAAUCAGGAGAGGAAGUGAGGGUUAAUCACACAGGUUAAGUCUUGCUCAGAAGCUAUAAACAUCACAGCUCUCAAGCAGAACAUGGCCAUGAGCCAAUCAGGAGAUGAAGUGAGGGUUAAUCACAUAGGUAAAGUGCUGCUCAGAAGCCAUAAGCAUCACAACUCUCAAGCAUAACACGGCCGUGAACCAAUCUAGAGAGGCAGAGAGGGUUAUUUACAUAGUAAUCUAGGGUCAGUAAUGCAAAUAUUAAAUUAUCAAUUAGAACUUGUGAUUUUGGCAUUAUAAUAUCACUUUAAAUUUCUUACAUUUCUUCGUGUACUUCAGACCAGUAUUUGAUCAGUCUGGAGAUAAUAGGUUUCUAGUAGAGAUGUGUAUUUGUUUUUGUUAAAACCAAAUUAAUAUCCGAAUAAAUGUACCAACGAAAAUUAAAGAAAACUAAAAAAUACCGAAUUAAUUUGUUUACUUUAUUUAAGGGGUUAUUAGUUCCCUUAGCGUGCUCCCCAUGCUUGUAGUUACAGGUGAUACUUACCUUAGCACGCUCCCCAUGCUUGUAGCUACAGGUGAUACUUACCUUAGCGCGCUCCCCAUGCUUGUAGCUGCAGGUGAUACUUACCUUAGCACGCUCCCCAUGCUUGUAGCUACAGGUGAUACUUACCUUAGCGCGCUCCCCAUGCUUGUAGCUACAGGUGGUACUUACCUUAGCACGCUCCCCAUGCUUGUAGCUACAGGUGAUACCUUAGUGCGCUCCCCAUGCUUGUGGCUACAGGUGAUACUUACCUUAGCACGCUCCCCAUGCUUGUAACUACAGGUGAUACUUACCUUAGCACGCUCCCCAUGCUUGUAGCUACAGGUGAUACUUACCUUAGCACGCUCCCCAUGCUUGUAGCUACAGGUGAUACUUACCUUAGCACGCUCCCCAUGCUUGUAGCUACAGGUGAUACUUACCUUAGCACGCUCCCCAUGCUUGUAGCUACAGGUGAUACUUACCUUAGCACACUCCCCAUGCUUGUAGCUACUGGUGAUACUUACCUUAGCACGCUCCCAAAGCUUGUAGCUACAGGUGAUACUUACCUUAGCACACUCCCUAUGCUUGUAGCUACAGGUGAUACUUACCUUAGCACGCUCCCCAUGCUUGUAGCUACAGGUGAGACUUACGUUAAAGCUACAGGUGAUACCUUAGCCCGCUCCCCAUGCUUUCCAGCGCACAUUAAAGGGACUGUAAACUUAAAAAAUGUUGCAACAGCUUUUAAAAAUCAAAGGAUUUUAGCUGUCGGUUUCACUUACCUGUUCUGAUCUCCAUGAUCUUCUGAUUAGGUCUUUUUUUCCAAAAGCGCUUCACAGCAGCGAUGUCUUUUACCACAAUUGGUGAUAAAAGUAAAUUGGAAAGUUGUUUAAGAUUACAUGCCCUAUCUGAAUCAUGAAAGUUUAUUUUGGACUUGACUGUCCCUUUAAUGUAAGUAUUAAACUUUUCAACUGUAGCUUUGAAACAUUUACAUUAACAAAAACAACUAUAAAAUGUUUAACAAAAAUUCAGUUUUCGUUUUAAACAAAACAAAUACUAAAUUGUGCAGCCACCGAAUAUUCGGGGAAACAAAUUUCCCUGAAUAUUUGGAACAAAAAUUUGUCUUGGCUGCACAUUUCUAGUUUCUAGCUCUUAUCUAUAAAAUUCUAAUGAUUCCUUUUAGUUUUAUAAAGCAUGAAAUACAUUUAGUUCUAUAAAAUUGUACUAUGCUUCUCAAAAAUUAGUAAACGGUAGAUCUAUUCUGUAACAUUAUGAUCGAAUCAAACCGUUUAAUAUUUCUAUGUAAAUUUUUACUACAUUUUUUUUUUUAUUUAAAAAUGGAAUGUGCUUUUUUAUGAUAAUAAAUAUCUGUAAUAAAUUA